GCCGCUGCAGGGCAACACCCCGGCGUCCCUGGAAGCGGGGAGCGGGGGAGCCGGGGUGGUGCUGGGAAGUUGUGCCGAGCCGGGAUCCCUCGCCCGGAGCCUCUGGCGUGGGGCACAGGCCUGGAGCCCAGACCAGCAAUGGCUGGAAGACCCAUCCGCAUAGGAGACCAGCUGGUCCUGGAGGAAGACUAUGAUGAGACCUACAUCCCCAGUGAGCAAGAAAUCCUUGAAUUUGCCAGAGAGAUAGGCAUUGAUCCCACCAAGGAGCCGGAACUGAUGUGGCUGGCCCGGGAGGGCAUCGUGGCCCCGCUGCCUGCGGAGUGGAAGCCAUGCCAGGACAUCACAGGUGAUAUUUACUACUUCAACUUUUCCAAUGGGCAGUCCACGUGGGACCAUCCAUGCGAUGAGCACUAUCGGAACUUGGUGAUCCAGGAACGAGGGAAGCUGUCAUCUUCUGGGGCCGUUAAGAAGAAAGACAAGAAGAAGAAAAAGGAAAAGAAAGACAAGAAGGACAAAGAGACCCCCAGAAGUGCCAUGGCCCUGGGCUCCUCACUAGCCCCAGUCCACGUUCCCCUUGGGGGCCUGGCUCCUUUGCGAGGCCUCGUGGAUGCCCCGCUCUCUGCUCUUCGCGCAUCUCACAGUGUGAGCUUGGGGAGCUCUGUGGAGUCUGGUCAGCUGGGAGAACUCACGCUGCCUUUGCAGGGUCUCAAGACUUCUGCUCAUAUGCAAGGUCUCUUGGGCUCCAUCCAUGAGGACAAGAAUGCUCUCAGCCUCUUGGCUUUAGGGGAGGAGACCAGCGAGGAGGAGGCGGAGAGUGAUAACCAGAGUGUCCGGAGCUCAAGUGAGCUUCUUAAGAACCUGCACCUGGACAUUGGGGUGCUGGGGGGCAACUUCGAGUAUGAGGAGUCUCCAGGAACAAGCCAGCCCGAGGAGAAGGCCCUCUCUCCUGACUCGGGGGCCGCCAGCCCCCCGACUCCCGGCAGGCUCUCCGGCCGCGGUGCAGACAGCAGCCUGGCCAGCGCAGGCAGCAGAGGGCCACAGGGAGGAGAGGCGAGCGCCCGGCUCCCAGGAAGAGACAAGAAUCAUAAGAGUGACCCUGUGACGAUGGCCACGAGUCCCGUGGGCCCUGGGGGCGACCAGCCCGCCCCGUCCAGUAAGAGAGACGCACCCCAGGACCCGGCUGCAGCAGGGGAGGCCGCAACGGAGCCGAAGGAGGAGGCCCCUGUCCCGGGAGAGAGCGGGUCAGACGGCAGUGACGCGCUGGAGAUCAGUGAACACAUGAAGGAGCUACAGGGCUCAGACUCCGAUGCCUCCGACUCCAAGUCCCUCCUUGGCCUGGACUUUGGUUUUCGCGGCCGGACCUCAGAGCACCUGCUGGGCGUGGACCUGCUUUCCCCGGUCCUGGAUGGAGCCCGCUGGGCGGCCCAGAGGCCGGGAGGAGACCAGGACAACAGCCAGUCCAGCCACGAGGAGCUGCAGAGCGAGCCCUCCCACGGCUCCGAGAGGGUAUCCCCUUCACUUCUGUACGGGGAGCGGCUUGGGAGUCCCCGGCACAGCCAGGCCACUGUGAAAGGGCCUCUGCAGGCCCCUGAUGGGCAGCCUGAGCGGCGGGGCACCCAGGAGCCCCCGGAGCACUCUGCACGCAGGGAUGAAACCCCAAGUCCACCUGCCACCUGCAAGAGUGGCGAGGCGCCGUGCUCCCAGGCCGAGGAGCCCGAGGAGCCCGAGGAGGAGGUGGCGGCCGGCCCCACCCUGCCCAUCUCUCCGGAGGGGCAAUCUCCAGAGCUCGUGGCUGUCCCAGAGCAGCUCCCAGAGGCCGCCCGGAAGGCCAUGGAGGAGGCAGUGGCUCAGGAACUGGAGCAAGAGCAGAGGCGGCUCCUGGAACUGAAGCGGGAGAAGGUGCAGCAGCUGCGGCAGAGGCUGCAGCAGGAGGAGGAGGAGGAGGCGCUCCAGCUUCGACAGCGGAAAGAGGAGUCUCUGAGGCUCCUGCAGGAGCAGCUGCAGAAGGCCACUGAGGAGGAGGGCACUCGGAUGAGAGAGGAGGAGAGCCGGAGGCUGGCCCGGCUCCGGGCCCAGGUCCAGUCCAGCGCAGAGGCAGAUGCGGACCAAAUCAGGACCGAGCACCAGGCUUCCCUGCAGAGGCUGAGAGAGGAGCUGGCGGCCCUGCAGGAGGCUGAGAGGGCCAGCUUGGAGCAGGGCAGCCAGCGCGUGCUGGAGCGGCUCCGGGGAGAGAUGGAGGCUUCGGAGAGGAGAGAGCAGGCUGCCCUGAAUGCCGAAAAGGAGAAGGCCCGGCAGCAGCGGAGGGAGCAGCUGGAAGGGGAGAGGAAAGAGGCAGCAGCAGCGCUGGAGGCAGAGCACAAAGCUGAGCUGGCGCGGCUCCUGUCCUCCCUGGAGGCCAAGCACCGGGAGGCGGUCUCCAGCCUCCAGAAGGAGGUAGAGGAAGCUCAGCAGAAGGAGGAGGCCCAGCAGCAGGAGAGCCUGGGGUGGGCGGAGCAGAGAGCUCGCCAGCUGCUGGAGUACGAGCAGGAGCUCAGUGGCCUCCUGAGAGACAAGCGCCGGGAGGUGGAACGGGAACACGAGGGGAGGAUGGACAAGAUGAAGGAGGAGCACCGGCAAGCCGUGGCGGAGGCCAGAGAGCAGUAUGAAGCUGAGGAGAGGACACGGCGGGCCGAGUUGCUGGGGCACCUGACUGGGGAGCUGGAGCGCCUGCGCAGGACCCACGAGCGGGAGCUGGAGGCCGCGAGGCAGGAGCAGGCCAGGCAGCUGGAGGGCCUGCGGCUCCGGCAGCGCGAGCAGGAAAGGGAGCUUCAAGGUUUAGAGGUGCAGCUUGAAACCAGAGCCAAAGAGGUCAAGGCCAGGUUGGCUCAGCUGGACCUUCAGGAAGUCACAGCCACCCAUCAGCGCCUGGAAGAGGCAAAGCAGGAGCACACGCACCUGCUCGAGUCAAACCGGCAGCUCCGGAGAAGUCUGGGCGAGCUGCGGGCCCGCAGGCGGGAGCUGGAAGCCCAGGUGGACCAGCUGCAGGCCCAGGCCCAGGGGCUGCAGAAACGCAUCAGUGACCUGGAGGCCGAAGCUCAGAGGAAGCAGGAGGCGCUGAAAGGGCUGGCGGUCGAGGCGAGCCGUGCUUCCCCCUGUUGUGAGCCAGACCUCCACGUCGAGGACCUGAGGGCACCCCCUGGCACCAAGCAGACCAAAGAGGCAGCCCCUUCUGUCUCCCAGAGCCCAGAGGUCGCCGACUCAUCCUUGGACAGCCUCCGGCACUACCUCUCUGCCGAGGGGGAGGCCCUCCGCAGUGCCAAGGCCUUCCUGGUGCGGCAGACACGCUCCAUGCGCAGGCGGCAGGCAGCCCUGAAAGCCGCCCAGCAGCACUGGGGCCGCGAGCUGGCCGCCACUCAAGAUGCGCCCGAGGACCUGCUGGGCACCAAGGGCCUGGAGGAGGAGGCCAGGCACCUGGGGGAGAUGCAGUCUGCCAUGCGGAGAGGUCGUGACCUGCUGCAGCGGAAGGAGGAGAAGCUGAGCGAGCUGGAGGCCUCUCUGCGGGACGAGGCUCUAGAUGAGGACACUCGGAGAGGGCGCCCCACCAAGAAAGUGGUGACCUUUGACCUCAGCGACCUGGAAGACACUAACAGUGGAAGCUCAGAGUCCUGUCCCCUGCCUCAGGGCAGCCUGGCCAGCCUCGCCUCCCCCCACAACCUGGACAGCUCCCUGCAGCACAUCAGCAGCCAGCUGCACCAGGUCCUCAGCCUGCUGGGGGUCCUCAGCACCCAGCCGCCGCUCCUCACUUCCACCCCGGCCGCGCCCCCGCCCCCGCCCCCGCCCCCGCCCCCCUCCGUCCCGAGGACCCCCACCCAGUGGGCCUGGGACCCAGGGCUGGGCCCCCAGCUCUCCUCUGCCAUGCAGGCCGUGGACGACUUCCUGGGGGAGAAGUGGCGCAAGUACUUCCCAGCUGGGAGCCCCGGCCUCUGCAGCAGCCCUGCCCCCUUGGAGAACAGGCUGGGCUACGUGUCUGCCAGGGAGCAGCUCCGCCUCCUGCAGCAUCCCCGCUCGCUGGCCCCUGCGGUGGGCAGCGCAGGUCUGCAGGGCAUGAUCGAGGCUAACCGGCGGUGGCUGGAGCGCUACAGGAACGACCCCAAGUUGCCUCUGUGCUUAGUGCCCACGCCAGCAGCCUCGGGCCUCCUGCAGCUGAGCCUGGAUGAGAACAACAGGCUGCAGGUGCACCGCUGCUGAGGCCCGAGCGGCCGUGUGGCCCCGCAUGUCCUGCGCCCGCUGCCUCGGACGAAGCUCUCCGGGGGGAAGCGGGCUGGGUGGAGAGGAUGGCAGAGCUGAGAGCAGUGAGCCCCCUGCAGCGACCACGGCGCGGACGGCAGGCAGCCCGGUGGACGUCUGAGCGCCUGUGAGGACAGGACAGCACCGGGGCCCCCGGGACACGGGCCCUUCGGGGGCAUCGCAGGCGUUGGUGUCGGAGGCCCGGGGUCCCUGUGGCGGAGGUGAGCCUGCACCUGCCUGCAGGGCUCCGCGGUGACAUCGCGGUCCUCACUCCAUGAGCAAGGCCCAGCAUCCUGUGUCCCGUGCCCUGUGCCGGGGACGCUGUCUCUCCAAUACCUCAGCGCGUGAGCUCAGGCCCGUUUCUUUCUCUCCUCCCCCCCCCCCUUUUUCUUUUGUUUUUUUUAAAACAUCCCCUUUUUUGAGUUCUCUGUUUCUCCUUUUGACUAUCUCAGGAUUGGGCCCAGCCCUGCCGAGGGUGCUGGGGGCACCCCUUCCCUCGGCCACACUGUGCUGUCCCCAGGGCACCCUUCCCUUUGCUGGGCUCCGCCCGGAGCCCUCCCUGUGGCUUUCAGGUCUCAAGCACACAACUCAGAAGCCCGCCGCCCCGGAAAGCUGGCAGGGCUCUGGGCCUCUCGCCCUUCCCCCCGGGGCGUACCCAGGUGCUCCUGUUUCUGUCUGUUUUCUACUGUGCCACCUGCUCAGGCUAAGGAGGUGGGCGGGGCUGGAGUGGGGUCUUAGAGGGAGGGGUCUUGUGCCCCAGGAGCCACUGCCAAUCUGCACGGCCCCCGGCACCCCUCUCACCAGCGGCCCCGGGGGUCCCCAGACACGUCCUCUGACAUCCGUGUCGGUGUUUAAAGAAAAGACAAUCAACGCCCAUUCUUCUUGUCGGGAAAGCUGUGGGGUUGCCCUGGCCUCUCUAGUGCAUAGAGACCGACCCUCCCCCUCCCACCACGAACCUCUUAGUCACGGAAUAGGAAACGAAGACCGAUGCCUUUUCUUCACCUGCUGGCUCGGCGCAGUCCGCCACACAGAGCAAGUCUGUGCCGUGCUGAUCCUGUGGGACUGAGUACGUGCCGCACCAUCUCUGUAACAAGCCUGUUUGUGCACCCAUUAAAUCUCCGCUGGCCCAUUCCCACA